GAAGCCGCUACGUUGGAGUUUUGUUUUAUAUAAGUGUUUGGAUGGAUGUAGAGCAGAUCAGCGGUGGAGGGUCCUGGUCGCGCAGGGUAUAGGAUAGCUGAGCCCCCCUCCAUGCUGUGGGAUAGGCUCCGGGGGUAAUCCAUUUAUAGGGCUGUUCUUUAGGAGUCUGAAGGUGCUGAAAUAGCAGGCGUGACGAGGGAUUGAGACCGUAAUUAGCAGCCGGGGUGACUUCAGUCGCUCGCUCUUGUGUCCAGAGGACGGGCAUGACGGUGGAAGGAAUGGAGUGCGUCGAGAUUUUCGAGUCGGAAGGAAAAGGACGGGGUUUAAAGGCAACUAAGGACUUCUGGGCAGGGGACGUCAUCUUUGCGGAACCCGCGUAUGCUGCCGUUGUGUUUGACAACUUCAACCACAACGUGUGCCACACAUGCUUUAAGAGACAGGAGAAACUCCACCGCUGCGGACAGUGUAAAUUUGCGUAUUAUUGUGAUCGGACCUGUCAGAAGGAUGCCUGGGCCAACCACAAACAUGAAUGCGCGGCCAUCAAGAAGCUGGGCAAAGCUCCAAAUGAAAAUAUUCGGCUUGCCGCUAGAAUCAUGUGGAGGAUCGAAAGGGAAGGAAGCGGCCUCACCGAGGGGUGCUUAGUCUCCAUCGAUGACUUGCAGAACCACAUAGACAACUUCGAAAAGGAUGAUCAAAACGGACUCAUGGACGACGUUCAGAGCUUUCUUGAUUACUGGCCAAGUCAGAGUCAGCAGUUUAGCAUGAACUACAUAUCUCAUAUCUUCGGAGUGAUAAACUGCAAUGGUUUCACUUUAAGUGACCAAAGAGGUCUCCAGGCUGUGGGUGUAGGGAUCUUCCCAAAUCUCUGCCUCGUCAACCACGACUGCUGGCCAAACUGCACCAUUAUAUUCAAUAACGGAAAUCAUGAGGCUGUUAGAUCAAUGUAUCAUACACCUAUGAGAAUUGAGCUUCGUUCUCUUGGGAAAAUCAACAAAGGAGAUGAGCUUAGUGUUUCCUACGUCGAUUUCCUGAACCUCAGUGAAGACAGGAAAAAGCAGCUGAAGAAGCAGUAUUACUUUGACUGUACGUGUGAUCACUGCACCAAGAGGACCAAAGAUGACCUGUUGUUGGCUGUGAAAGACGAAGAAAACAAGCCCGCUGACAGUUUGGUUAAAGAGCUUAUACAGUUUUCAAAGGAUACCAUGGAAAAAAUAGACAAAGCGCGUUCUGAAGGAUUGUAUCAUGAGGUGGUGAAGCUGUGCCGGGAGUGUCUGAAGAGGCAGGAACCUGUUUUCGCCGAGACCAACAUUCACAUGCUACGGAUUCUGAGUAUAAACUCCGAGGUCCUCUCCUACCUUCAGAUGUUUGAUGACGCGGCAGAGAACGCAAAAAAGAUGGUGGAUGGAUACUUGAAGAUUUACCACCCUCACAAUGCCCAGCUUGGCAUGGCGGUGAUGAGGGCCGGGGUAACUCACUGGCACGCCGGGCUCAUUGAGGUGGGCCACGGGAUGAUCUGCAAAGCCUAUGCCAUCCUUUUGAUCACCCACGGACCUACGCACCCGAUUACCAAAGACUUGGAGAUGAUGCGUGCGCAGACCGAGAUGGAGCUGAGGAUGUUCCAGCAGAAUGAGUUCAUCUAUUACAAAAUGAGAGAGGCCGCUCUAUCCAACAAACCCAUCCAAGUCAUGGAAGAACCCAGCGCCGAGCCCUCGGGGACAAUAUUCCACAAAAAGCCCUAGGAAGAGACUAACGAGCUCUUCUUCUAUUCCAGACAAUGCUACUUUUAACCCAUGUUGCGCCAGAAGGAUCGACUAUGCCUGUAUUCUAGCAGCUGAUGGGUUAAAGCUAGCAGCAGAUCCUUCUAGUCGACGUUUGUUUCUGAUAAGCUUUUGUGUGUUUCGUUGUUUGGCCUGGUCUGUUUCUGUCAUUAAAAUACCCUCAGCUUGCCUGCA